GCCCAGCCUUGUGUAAGCACUCGAUGUUUCAGUAGAAACAUCGCAAGAAACGUCCUAUUCUCAUGUCAUUCACGCAGAUGAUAUCUACAGAUGCAGUUUCUGUGACUACGUACGAAGUAGCGACAGCCACAAUUGCUGCUCGACAAGAACGUGUCCUUACGCAGACAAUACGUUUGUCAACGGCGACAUUUGUUUCACUCUUCACGCUCGGAGUUGACUCCGACGACGAUACUGUCGGACCACCUACAGACACCAUGCCGGCCCCCAACUACGACAACUCGCUAUCGAGCGCCGAAAUUGGUGGCAUCCUAGGAGGCAUCGUAGCAGUCGUCGCCAUAGCGCUGGUGAUCUGCUUCUGUAUGACGUACAAUCGUCAGCAACGCCGCCGCCGUCGCCCUCCUCAUGAAUACUAUUAUGACGAUACGACAGAAAGUUCCGAUACCCAUACGACGGUGCCAAGGCGCCAACGUUAUGUACCUCCUCCGCCCCCCCGAAGGCCAACUCGGCAGUCUCGUGCCCAAAGAUCACAACCUUCCAUGCCGGCACCACCGGCACCUACAUUUAAGAUCAACCGGGGCCCAGCCUGGGAUCCCAAAUAUUCGGGUCCCAGAAGAACAACGAGAUGAGCGAGGCAUUUCUUUUUCACAACUUUGUUCAGAGUCUUUUUGAGCGAAAUCGCGAUUUUCUUUUGGCUUGGCGGAGAUGACUGCAGCCUUGCAACUUGGUGAAGUCAAAGAGUCGCAUAUCAUCCGAGCUCAGAUUGACACCACUAGCAACCAGCAGGGAUCAUGAGUGUUGUCUAUGGAGCACGAAGACAGAACAAUGAUCCACAGUC